AUGAGGGCUAUCCCCACCACAUCAUGGCAGGUGGGAGGUAGCGAUAACUGGGUGACUAAUAUUCGUUACAUCGAUGCCACCAAAACUAUCGUUGCGGGUUCCAGUGAUGGUUAUCUUCGCGGGUACGAUCUUGAUGGCACCAAUCAAUGGAACAUCAGUGCCCAUGAGCUGGCAGUGAAUCAAAUUGCGCUCGUUGGAGACUAUGGAGUGGUACUGUGUCUGACUGAUGGUGUGAAAUUGUGGGAUUUGCGCAACAUAAGCUCAGAUCCUACACAUUGUUUUACUAACCCCAAACAAACAUCGUUUUUGUCAGUUGCAGUGCUGCCUGAUGGAAAUUUCAUCGCCGGCGGGACUGAGCUCAAGGGCACUGACGCGGAAAUUUACAUCUGGGAUAUAAGAAACCCCUCGGAACCGUACCGUGCCUAUGUCGAUAGUCAUCACGAUGAUGUUACUUACCUUCUGUUCCACCCCACUACCGAGACUUACUUGAUGCUGGGACUGACAGACGGUUAUGUUAACAUCAUCAAUUACGCUGAGGCUGACGAGGAUGAACUGUUACAUCAAGUGAUCAAUUUUGCCCUGGUGCAUCUGUGCCACUGGGAUCUCGAGAGGAGAAUCAGCGUGCUUUCUCAUAUGGAAACUUUGGCGUUUUACGACUUAAAUGAUACCAAUUACGAAGAGCAGGCUGAAGCUCAGCCAAAUGAGAUGGGCGAUGUACGGCUGACAUGGCCUGAUUGCGAGUAUGUCGUUGACGUGCUGCCUUCUGGAUAUGUGUCAUAUGGUGCUAACUCGAAAUCUCUGCUCACAUUGCUUCCCUUCAACCCUGCCACGGAGAUCUUUGACGAUAAUAAUCCCGUUUGGUUCCACGAGGCACAUGGUGAAGAAGUCGUCAGAGAUUUAUUUGUGAUUCCGUACACCAAAACUGCCAUUACUUGCGGCGAGGAUGGUAAAAUUAAGGUUUGGCUGCUUCCUAAGGAAUUGAAGCAUUAUGACUUGAUCAACCCUGAUGAGAAAGAUGACAAUAUGGACAUAGACGAUGCGGCGGUUGAGGAAAAGAACGAUAGCGAUAAGUCUCUGAUGGAAAAGAAGGACAAGAUGGUGAAGAAGGAGAAGAAGGACAAAAAAGAGAAAAAAGAGAAAAAAGAGAAGAAAGAGAAGAAAGAGAAGAAGGACAAGAAAGAGAAGCACGAGACGGACAAAAAGGGUAAAGACAAGCACAAGUCGAAGCGGGAUAAAAAGGAGAAGCGGUUUAAGCCAUAUUAG